AUGGGUAACAUCAAAACUAAUCGGUUUAAUCCCACAAAGAGGUAUGACGAUAAAACCACCAUUGUUGCGACAAAUGAGAAUGAAGAUGUAUAUCUCGUUGAAGAAUACAGUCCUCUAACUAUCGUCUCUGAUGGUACUUUAUGGAUCAUCGACUCUGGUGCUUCCUUUCACGUCACCCCUCAUGGAGACUUCUUAGCAACCAACCAAUGUGGGGAAUUUGGUAAUUUCCAAAUGGGAAAUCAAGGAAGAAGCAAGAUUGUUGAAAAGGGGGAUGUCAUCCUUACAUCAAACACCGGAUGUAAGAUCAUUCUCAAGGAUGUAAGGCAGGUCCAUGACAUGCGUUUAAAUCUCAUAUCAACUGGAAAGCUCGAUGAUGCUGGUUUAGAAAAUCAUUUUGGUGAAGGCAAGUGGAAGCUAAUCAAAGGAAACUUGUUCAUGGCUCGAAGAAAGAAAGAAGGAUCACUAUACGUGACCCAAGCUAAGCUUUGCAAGGAGGAGGUAAACGUCGCAAAUGUUGACAUGGAGUUAUGGCACCGGAGGCUCGGCCAUAUGAGCGAGAAGGGUCUAAAUAUCCUAGCUCGAAAUAAAUCUUUCCUUGUAUGA